AUGGACAUAAACGAGGACAUGAUUAAGACGGAGGUCAGUAAUUUCGUUUCCAGUUUACAACGGUUACUGCCGAAGAAAAAGGAUAUCAUUGUAUUUGAACCUAUCAAGACCAAACUGUCAAGACUUAGUGACAUACAUACGGAAGCUAAGAAUGUGUUUCCAAAGUGUUUUGUUGGUACUAAGCUAGUCAUAUUAAGACAAAUAAUGGACAAAGUUAAAUUGGUGCAGCAAUAUAAUUAUGGAAAAACGAAAGAAAACUAUCACAGCUACAAGCAGUACUUGAAUAAUGAAAUGGAAACGAAGCUUAUUAAUGAUGGCUUAUUAUUGGACUCUACUGGCUCAGCAACGGCGACGUAUAAAGAAAACAUUGAAGGAGCGUAUCAAGUCCGACUUACUUCGAAAAUCAAAGACCUUAUAUCGUCAGAGACUGAAGUAGAAAUUGAAAGGGAAGGUGAUAAAUCAAUAAAUUCUUUUUCAUUUAGAAUGAACGAUAUGGAUCCGAAGACACUGAAAACGGUCACACAAUGUAUGUAUCAAGUGCAUCCUGAUUUUUGUGUUGGUACUGAGCUAGGUUUUAAGCCGUUAUCGUAUCCAGUAUUGCCUGAGCUGUCUAUCAGUGCAAGAUAUAGCAAGCCAAAUUUUACAUUGUCAUCUACAAUAAGUAAAGUGGGCUUUCAAGUGUGUCUCUUUAAGAAGUUUGCGAAAGAUUUACGAAUAGCAACAAUAAUUAACGAGGGGCAUCGAGCUCGAGUAACUGUUGGACUUGCGCUUCAUAAAUCAUACGAAAAUGGUUCAGAAUUAAAAAUGUUUGUCGACACACAGCGAUGUGGCGGAUUCACAUUUCAAAAAGAUGUUUAUUUUCGAGAAUCACCAAACGAAAUCAGAGUUCUACGUCUUGUGGCAAGCACUCUAAUAGACGGACAAAGGCGAGUACGACUUGGUUUUGGAUUCAAUCUAGACUUUUGA